GACGUAAUUUUGAAGAAACUUAGGGCCAAACAAGAAAUGGAACUAUAUGGUCUAUGUUUAAGAAUAAGCGCACUUGUUCGGUUUUAUUCAUUUAGCCGUAGAACAUCUAUCAUCAUUCACAGAGCAAAGAAGCAAAAAGAUGCUGACAAGAGUAACGAAGAAAGGCUUAUUAGCCUAGCAAAGGAUCAAGAAAAAGCGUAUGGUACCUUGAGAGAGUGCGAAAAGUACCUUGGAUAUCAUCAUAUCAUUCAAAAGUUUCCUGUGACCUUUGAUGAUGUAUGUACCAAAGGAAAACUUGGUGCUGGAAUUGUACUUGGUGGUGAGGCCGGUGUCUCGAUAGAGCCAAUGUUCCCUUUUGCUCCAUUUUCAAGAUUACACCAUGCAGCAAUCAUGGGAAAAUGUAUUAUUGGUGAAUUUGUCACUCAACGUGAAUUAGAGUAUAAUCCUAUAAGUAAUACCGACGACUUCAUGUGAGUCUGAAGAUUGAAAAGAAGAAGCAAAAGAAGCAAAAGAAGAAGAAUACCUUAAACUAUGUCAAAGCCUAUCAGGUGUGCCAAAUGGCAACAUUUAUCAAUUAUUAAACCUAUCGGGGACAGUGGUUUACUUUUUAAUUUUUUUUAAUAAACCAUUAUGAUUACCCU